CAAGUUUGUUGGAGAGAGGGGAUUUGUAAGAUUGAUGUGGUGGGUGAGAAAAAUUCUGAAUACGGGGCAGGCAUAGGCAAACAGGUAGAAAAACCAGAGAGAGAGAGAGAGAAAGAGAGAGGGGAAGCCAUUAGGCCCAGAUGAAUAUCAUGUGAAAGGGCAUCCUCCUACAACCCACAGCUGUGUUUUUUUUAAUCUCGUUUCAUUCGCUUACCCAUCAGAAAAAUGGUCUCAUUUUGAUGCGGGUAUAUGCGAAUAAAAGGAGAUUGUUGAAGAAACCAAAAAAGAAAAGGAAAAAAAAUUGAAUUGAAAAUUUUAUCAUGAGUAGGAAAAAGAGCCAAGUUUGGGAUGUUUCCUCCAAUGGCAUGGACGACGACACAGCCGUGGCUCCUCCUCCGAAGCCCAGCCCUGAAAAAGAAAGGCUCUACCUAGUCUGGCAGGGUAACAAUAAAUUUUUGUGUGGUGGAAGAAUAGUCUUUGGUCAUGAUGCUGCAUCACUGUUUCUAACUAGCUUUUUGAUUGGAUGUCCUGCACUAACAUUCUGCAUAAGAAUGCUUGUAACGAUGAAAGGAGAACAUGGACAUUAUGACUAUCCCGUCCUAACUGGGGGAAUAAUCCUCACUGUUUUGGAUUUCACUUUUCUGUACUUGACAUCUGGUAGGGAUCCUGGUAUCAUUCCAAGGAACUCUCGACCACCUGAUUCCGAUGAGGCAUAUGAUGUGUCUGGAUCAAUGGAGUGGGUCAAUAACAAAGCCUCUAGUUUGAGAAUACCCCGAAUAAAGGAUGUACAGGUCAAUGGCCAUGUGGUGAAGGUAAAGUUUUGUGACACUUGUUUGCUAUAUCGUCCACCGCGUGCUUCUCAUUGCUCGAUCUGCAACAACUGUGUUCAGAAGUUUGAUCACCACUGUCCAUGGGUGGGUCAGUGUAUUGGAUUACGUAACUAUCCAUUUUUCAUUUUGUUUAUUUCAUCAUCAACCUUCCUGUGCGUAUAUGUCUUUGUCUUUUCUUGGAUCAACAUUCUUCAACAAGGUGGCAAUCUAUGGAGGGCCAUGGGACAUGACAUCGUAUCAGUUAUUCUCAUAGUAUAUUGCUUUGUAGCAGUAUGGUUUGUUGGUGGGCUAACAGUUUUCCAUAUCUAUCUAAUUUGCACCAACCAGACGACUUAUGAGAAUUUUCGUUACCGUUACGAUAAGAAUGAAAACCCAUACACUAAGGGAGUACUGGGAAACUUGAAAGAAGUGUUCUGCUCAAGGAUUCCACCUUCAAUGGUCAACUUCCGAGCAUGGGUUUCAAAAGAUGACGACAUGGUAAUGGGAUCCAUCGCUUCAGAGAGUAACAGAGGCUUCAUUGGCUCCAAAGAGAAAUUUGACAUGGAAAGGGGAAGUAAGUUUGGCAAGGAUGGGAAUAUGAUGGUUCCAAGUAUUUUGCAGAAAUUGGACUACAGUGGGAUUGAUGAUAACAUGAAGAAGAAGAAUUUGGGUAGCAGUGAUUUUGAUGAUAAUUUAAAACGGAAGGCAGCAGAUGAACGUGCAUUAAAUCCAUUUAUCUUUCCUAUUGGUCAAGAACAAAGACGUUCACAGGGAAGUUCCGGCAUAGGAGUUAAUUCUACUAAUGAUAAGAGGCCUCAGUAGUUCCAAUUGGACAACAUCACUGCUUGUUUUCUAAAAAAGAAAAGAGAAAAGAAAAAAAGACAAAAAAGGUUUUGGUGCAGAAAACUUUUUCUCAGUGCAUGUAUGCCAUAUGACAGAUUGGCUGAACAUGAUGGGUGCUUAAAAAUGCUAAUUUACUGAGAUUGGAGGUAGAAUUUGAAGGUCAGUGAUGUAUUUUUAAUGGAAUGAAGAAAAUGAAAUUAAUUCAUUAUUCUGCACAUUCUUGUGUUCAAUCUCUCUCACCCCAACUCCUAUUUUUAUCCUACUUCAUUACUGAAUCUACAAAA